AAGCGGCUCCGUCAGAUGACGUUGUUGACGUCGCUCGCUGAUAUGAUGGGACGGUCCCGUUAUUCCAGUCGGCAAGCGAUGGAACGCACGAGGAGAAGCAUUGUCCGCCAACGAAGCUGUUUUAUACUGCAUUAUUCGGCGUGGAUAUGUUACAUUUUCAUCGUGAGCGCGUCCGCGGCAUUAGCCGCUCACCUGCGCCAGUGUGAAGAGGCGGACUACUACUUUCAGUACACAGAGUGUGACAGCACUGGGUCCAGAUGGAGGGUGGCCAUCCCUCUGAAUCCAGGAGAGUGCACAGGACUACCAGACCCUGUGCAUGGCACCGACUGCACAUUCUCGUGCAAGGCGGGGGAGUUUCUGGAGAUGUCUGCUCAGGAGUGCACUCUGUGUGCGGCUGGCACUUACUCGCUGGGCAGCGGCCUGCGCUUCGAUGAGUGGGACGACAUCCCUCCUGGAUUCAGCAGCCUGGCACCCAGCGGACAGAAUGCGUCCACCUGCAGCAGUGCAAAGUGGGUUGCUCAGGGCUCGUAUCUGGAGUCCAACCGAGAUGAGUGUACCGUAUCUCUGAUCUACACUGUACACUUGAAGAAGCCGGGGUCAGUGUCCUUUGACUACCAGUAUGUGGAUAACAGCAUCUUCUUUGAGUUCUUUAUUCAGAACGAUCAGUGCCAAGAGAUGGACCAGGAGUCAAAUAGAAAAUGGAUCAAACUGACUACUCAUGGAGAGUGGGGAACACAUAUUGUGAAUCUGAAUUCUGGCACUAAUAUCCUGUACUGGAGAACUACUAGAGUCACACUCGGCUCUAAAGCAGUCAAACCUGUAAUCAUGAAGAACAUACGGAUUGAAGGUGUGGCGUACACAUCAGAAUGUUUUCCAUGCAAACCUGGGACAUUCAGUAGGGCCCCGGGCUCCUCCUCCUGUGAGCCCUGUCCACGGGACACGUACUCUGGCCGAGGGGCCAGCUCCUGCACGCCUUGCAACUCCAAAACACACUUCGCCUCAGAAGGCUCUGCCACGUGCAAAAGUAGACCGCCAUGCUCCGAAAAAGAUUAUAUCCAGACAUACAGCACCUGUGAUAAAGAUGGAAAGACUCAGGUCAUAUACAAGUGGGUAGAGCCUCAGAUUUGUUUGGAAGCUGCUGCUGGCGCAGUAACACUGCCACCUACUGGUCAGCGUGAGCCCUGUCCGCCCUGUAAUCCCGGCUUCUAUAACAACGACACUGCUACCUGUUCUCCCUGCCCACCCGGGACUUACUCUGAUGGGGUCAAAGCAUGCCAGCCUUGUCCAGCUGGCACAGAGCCUGUCCUCGGGUAUGAGUACAAGUGGUGGAACGUGCUGCCUGCCAACAUGAACACAUCCUGCUUCAACGUGGCCAACAACAAUUGUGAUGGAUUGAAUGGUUGGGAAGCAGCGGGUGGUCAUGUACAAUCAGGGGCAGGUCGUUCAGAUAACGAUUAUCUCAUAUUAAAUCUCGCUGUUCCUGGAUUCAAGUUGCCUGUGUCAGUUCGAGGAGCAUCCGGUGGUGAGUACGGCCGGAUCACUUUUGAGUUUGAAACCAACUGCUCGACUGACUGCGAGUUCUACUUCAUGGAAGAUGUGGACAGAAGGAGCACAAAUGUCAUUGAAUCAUGGGACGGGAGUAAAACCAAACAGAGUUACACACACGUCAUAACUGAGAACUCUUCUGUCACGUUCACCUGGGCUUUUCAACGCACCAGUCACGCUGCUGAUGUGCGUCAGUAUGUAAAUGACAUGGUGAAGAUUUACUCUGUGACUCUCACUAACGCCAUGGAUGGAGUGGCAUCAGUGUGUCGUGCGUGUGCCCUGCAGUCUCAGCAGACCGGCUCCUCCUGUGUGCCCUGUCCAGCUGGACACUACAUUGAUAAAGAGACCAACCAGUGCCAAGAGUGCCCUCCUAACACCGUCCUAUCUGGGCACCACAUCUAUGGCAAAGAAGCGUGCCAGCUGUGUGGGCCAGGUAGCAAAAGCAACAAGGAGCACAGUGUGUGUUUCAGUGACUGUUCGUUCACAUACACUGACCAGAGUCGGACUCUUCAGUAUGACUUCAGUGCACUGACCUCCACUGGGUCCUUCAUGAACGGGCCCAGCUUCACUGCCAAAGGCACAGAGUACUACCACCUCUUCAAUGUCAGCCUGUGUGGAGCUGAGGGUCACAAGACUGCAGUCUGCAGAGAUAAUGUCACAAACCUGCCCAAUGAGGACGCUGGAGGUGGUCAGCAGGGCAGUUCAGUGGAGGCGUUUCUCUGUCAAUCAACGAUUAUCCCAUCCGAUGGGCGGGGCUUAAGAACGGCUCUAUCCUCUCAGUCCAUUAGCCUGGCUGACACUUUUCAGGGAGCCACAGUGGAGAAAUCACUUAACGGAAUAACCGCCAGACCAGAACUAUUUCCAUCUGCAUCCAAGAGAAUCCCAGAUAUCCACUUCUUCUAUCGAUCUUCACAGGUCACAAGCUCCUGUCCGAGAGGCAGGAAUGCAGUGGUUUCACUGCGCUGUAACCCAGAGAAGACAGCGAAGGGAGACAUCUCCGUACCCAGUGAGUGUCCUGCAGGGACCUGUGACGGCUGCACGUUCCACUUCCUGUGGGAGAGCUCUACUGCGUGUCCACGCUGCACUGCGAUCAACUACCACGCCAUUGAAGGAGCCUGUAAGGCAGGAGUGCAGGACACAGUGUUUGUAUGGACUGAACCUCGGCUGUGUACUGGAGGGCUGUCUCUCCCGCUGAAGAGAACGUCUCCAUGCGAGACGAUUGAUUUCUGGCUGAAGGUGGGCGCUGGGCUUGGAGUGUGCAGUGCUAUUCUGCUCGUCUCCCUGACCUGCUACUUCUGGAAGAAGAACAAAAAGCUAGAGUUUAAGUAUUCCAAACUUGUGAUGUCGGCCAAUAAAGAGUGCGAGUUACCGAUAGCGGACAGCUGUGCCAUUAUGGAAGGAGAAGGAGAGGAGAACGAAGAGGAAGAAGUGGUUUAUGCCAACAAGUCUUCUCUUCUGGCUAAGCUGAAGGCUGUCGCUACCAAGGGCAACAAGAAGAGCGGUGAAGCCGUCCAACUGAAAUUCCCCAAUACAGAGAAGUCUGUGUGGGGAUAGAAGACGAGCGAAGAGGGAUACGGAAAAGGAAAGGGAUGAAUGGAAGUCCCUUUCUGUUCGACAUUACAUGCAGUGGCCUUAAGAAAACAAGGAAGGAAAAUGGGUUAAAAAAGCCUGCGAUGCCUCAGGAACAUGGACGGAUAUGCUUAUAUGAAUAUUUCUGACUAUGCAGUUGUGUAUGUGUGUGUGUGUGUGUGUUUCUUUUGUAAAUGCAUUGAAGUCCCCUUCCUUUGCCUGUACCCAUGUUUCUCCAGAAGCUUUUUGGAGCGACAGCCGUGACUUUACACGAGUCCUAGCUUGUCAGAGCGAAUGUAGCCAAGGGUCAGAGUGAACACACAGAUACACUCAGACAUUAAGCUUUACUGACAGACACUUCCAAUCCCAGCUAAACAGCACUGGAAAGCCACGGAAAGUGUGUUGUGUUCAAGUGCAGCCAAGGUUUUUUUUUUCUUUUUGACUAUGACGGUGACUUUUCAAAUGAAAUAUGACAUGAAUAAAGUCUAUGAAUAAAGAGAUUACAGCAAAGCAGAAGCCAUUUCUGUACAGCUAUUUUUUUUUUUUUUUUUUUUUGACAUACCUCUAUGUCAUUCUGGCUUACAGUAGCAAGACAAACACAGGAGAUUUCUUGGGAAAAGUGUUCCUGCAGAACAGUGACUGCAGACUGAGGUGAUGAAACUUGUGCAGUCUAAUUAUAGGAACCUAAUGAACUGCCGCUGGGGUUUUAUUUAUGAAACUUUAAGACCCAUCAACAUGAAAUCUGGGGAAGGAUCUGCUGAGACCCAUAUUGAUUCUGAAUUGAGUUCUAAAUCUAGUUUACUGUCCUGCUGGGGUUUAGUUGUUUUGCUUGGUCCACUACUGCUCGGAGGUGUUAGAUAUACUGGAGGCAAUAUUAUUCACAUGAGUAAUUCAGUUUGUGUGUGUUUAAAGUUAAAUUAAACUGUAACUGUGUCCAAAUUAUAUCAGUUCUCGAUAUAAUUUGAUUUUGUGAAUAAUAAAAUGAUUGUUUGCACUCUCAAAUGUGUAAAACUGAAGAACUUCAUUAACUAAGCAAUGUGGUUUAUUUCAGUAAAAAGGUUUUUGAUGACAUCAUUUUUUUUGUAGUAUUUAUAUAAUAUAUAAAUAUUUUAAAAUAGUCUCUUUUUUCAUAUGUAAUGGAGUAAUUUUAUCGUGUUUUUAAAUAUUUCUAUUUUGCUUUAAUUUCAAUAUUGUAAUAUUGUGAGUCCUGUUGUCUUUGGAAUUUCGGAAGUUAAUAAAAAUACUGAAAAGUG